AUGAACGCCAGCAACAAACCGACGUACGCCCCUCUGCAGCGUCGCAGGCGGAGAUCUGAUCAGAUUUCACCGUCCUCUCCCUCCUAUCCAAGACGACUUCUUGACCGUCCAAAUAGACAUAGCGAGGCGUUCAGCCCGAUCGAUACUCCCUCCGCGACAGACGAGUCGGACAGCCCUUCGCUGAGCCUCAACCUGACUCUCACAUCUCCCUUCUACGACCACUCUGCACCUUUACCACCAAUUCCUGCCUUUCCAAAAUCUCCCGUUCCUGAACCAAAACAAUACCAGAGAUCCUCCGAUGAGACCACCCGCCACAGAUUUGGCCCAUCAGAGGAAGAUGUCCGUCCUGCGACAAGUGACGCGAUCGACCGAAACAAUGCUGCUCCCAUCUCACAUGUCAAAUCCCCACUCGUAGGAUCAGACUACGCGUCCAAGCUAUCUCCUGUGCCACCUUCUAUCCGUCUCGACAAUAGGGAGAGAAAGGUGCUCGAUCCGCCCAUAAGGCUUGGAGACAAUGCGUCCUCUCCAAGUCUUCGGAACUACAGCUUUUCCACCCAAACAUCCGACAAGUCUGUGCACGAUGAACCGGUUCCGGGAAAAGGACACACCGGGAAAAAGAGCAGGCUGAAUCUUUUAAACCCAAUGAGUUUGUUGGCCCGCCGCAGGUCUUCUCAGAACCAGAAACUCGAAGACGUCAAUCUCACAUUAUCUGUCCCAGCCUUGCCGGAUAAUUUCGACCCAAGAAUCCGAGGAAAGGUUGUACACGACUUUUCUGUUCCGCGAUCGCGAAGGCUCUAUUCACACAACGACAUUAGCAAUAUAGAAUCUCCAGCCUUGCGCUCUGGAUACGGGCCAGACCCCAAUCGAAGCAAUGAUUCACCCAUUUCCCGAGUGGCGCCUAAUGGAACACCAAGUAUCCCAUACAGUCCCAUGUUUAAGGAGCACUUUCAGGACGACCGGCCGUCGUUGCAACCCGAUCGCACGGGCUAUCUGCAUAAUAUACAUGCAUUCAAUAUGGCCAAUGACCGCCAAGAUGAGAAUGCCGUGCCAGCUUUCGCCAGGCGGCUGCCGUCCGCUGUACCACAAGCAGGGCUGGAUUCUAAAUUCGAGCCAUUGGAGGAAGAAAUUCAACUGCCACCGCUACCACCAGGAAAAGAGAAUCGACCGCUGCCGCCAAUAGGAGAGCCCUCACCUUCCCCUCCAACACCUCCGCCGAAGAGCACGCCGUCCCCUAAGUUUGAUAUUCCGCCACCCGCGGCACUUCCAAAGCACAUGACCAGUACUUCCUCCCGGUUUAGCUUCCAAAUCGGCGGUGGAGGGUCAUCAGCACAGGAAAAGUUGCUCGAAGAGAAACAUAAACAACAGGAGGCAAUCAAAAAGACCACUACCCAGGGCGCAAAUGAGGAGGACGACUAUGAUGAUUAUGAUUUCGACGCGGACGAUGGUCUGGAGGAGAUGAUUCCUGGGGUCAACGCGGACUUCGAGGAAGAUGAUGGCUUCGGUGAUGACGUUCCGGUUGGAAACGCGCUUGUGGCUCGUUACGGUCCUUCCGAACCCGAAGGACCCGUCGCAUCAGAUGUCAAGACCACGACUUUACAGCGACAGUCGCUGCAAGGAUUCCACUUUACCCCUCAAUCCAUGACAUUUAGUCCCACCAGCACCAACAAUGCCUCACAGCCUACUCCUCGGGACCAUGAAGGCUUUGCUAUUGGGAUCGCCGACUUCAGAGAACCUUCCCAAGACGGUGCACCGGAGUUCCCACACAAAGAUAGCUUCAUUGAUGUUGAAAAGGUUUCGAUGCUCGGAGGGCUUGGCAUUACGACGACAGAAAUACAUGGCAGGCGCACGCAGCAGACCUCUCGUCCUCAGGGCGGGGUCUUUGAUGAUGAAGACCUGUAUUUUGACGAUGGCGAGUUUGAUCACGUGGAGUUGGAUCCUUCCGGAACAACGUUUGACGAACAACUAUUUGAUGACGACACAAGCGAGCUUCGUGAUAUUCCAGCCGAGAAUGCUCGAAAACUCGCGGCAGCCAAACAAGCAGCAGGUCUGGACGGAGAGGUGAAGGUAGUCAAUCCUUGGGAGAAUGCCGUCGGAAAACUUUCGCUGGACAGCAAUGACCGGCAGAAGAGCGUCAAACCAACCUCUGAAGAACUCUAUCCAAAGACCCAAGGAAACUUUAUGCAAGGUGGUUCCAUCACUGGACUCACUGAAACGAAUCUUGCUGCGUACCACGACGCGUUGGCCUUUGCGGCCAACCAAGCUGCUGCAAAUGGCCGAUUCGACCGGAAGGUCAGCUUCAGUCAGACCUCAGAUGAUACUUCACAGUCACCAUUCGAAAGCAGUCAACAUGGUGUUGUCUCCGAAGAUAGCCGUAUCAGCUACAAUUUUAGCUCCGCGAUUGCUGAGGACGAUGGAUUUCCGUUCGACGACGAUAUGGAUGACGAUCCUAUGAUUGCGGAGGCCAAUGCCGAGGUCCUGGAGAACGACGACGAAGGGUUUUAUGGUCAAGAGUUUGGAUUUUAUGCUCGGUCCUAUAGUAAAGGCAAUACAGAGCUCGUUAAUGGCGGCUAUUUUGCGGACCGGGGAUCCAACGGGGUAAAGCGAAGCCACAGUGGAAAGGCGAAUUUCCAAGAACCGAGCUUGACGCCCAUCACCGAACGCAGUGAAUGGAGCACUCGAAAUUCGGUGGUAUCACUAGCGAUACCAGGAGGAAUGCCCGCUUCAGCCCAUUCAAUGCCCAGUCCAGGGAUUGCCGAGCUACUUCAACAACUCGAGUCGCCUGGGUACGAUGAUGAUAUGAGCUUCAGUGGGCUGAUGAAGCUCCGAGGCAGAACGUUUGGAGGUAGUUCGUCAAGCAUCAGCAGCUCAGCAGCCGGGAACCCAGCUAGUUCACCGCUUGCGCACGUUUCUAACCAUCCAUUCCCUCACUCAGAUCUGAGUGCGAGUCGGAUUUCAUCCUCGAUUCAUGGUCGAUCGUCGCCAGCUGGAAUACCCGAGUCGGAGGAAGAGGAGGAAGAUUCCGAGAGACCCACCUUGACACAGAAUACGCCGCGCAAGAAGAUGAGUGAGCCCGUGGCGGUAACGUCCCACGAGGAAUUGCCCGCCUCUCCAGCAUCCGCAGGGGGUGAAAGACGGAAAGGUCACCACAGCCGCACCAGCAGUGGUGCGGAAAGUGUGAGCUAUGCGCGUGAUCUAGAUGGCGGGUGGGUUUUGGAGAGGAGAAGGACCGAUGAAGGGAGCGGAACGGAAGUUAUUGACCGGGAGUAUCUAGCCGGAGCUCGGAUCUGA